AUGGAAAUUCCAAGAAAUAACUUUGACAGCGUCUCUCAUCGCGGCCAUCGAACCAAGUCGCAGCGCUGCGCGGCUGGGCGAGUGCCAAGCGGCGUUCGUGUUCUAUCGACGCGCUCCUCGCUCGUGACUCAAGCUGACACCAGCACUUGCGGCUUUGACGCAUCGGACAGUGUUGUCGGAAGCUCUAAACUGCAAACAGCAGCUCAAAGGUUCGAGAGAGAGAGAGGAGAUAGAAAGAGAACUCUCUUUAGAAGCGAUGGUGUUGAGGUUGUAUGUGGAGAACGAGGAGGAGGACGUGGUGGUAGAGGUGGAAGCGGAGAUGGUGGUGGUGGUAGUUCUGGUGGAGGCGGAAGUCGGCGGGGUGGUAGUGAAGGUAGAGGAAAUGGUGGAGAUGGAAAUGGAAGAGGUAGCGGAGGAGAUGAUAGUGGUGUUGGAGGUAGAGGUAGAGGUGGAGAUGGAGGUGGAGGAAAUGGUAUAGGUGGAAGUGGAAGAGGUGGUAUAGGUGAAAGUGGAGAAGGUGAUGUGGGCGGGGAAGUAGAGAUGAAAAUGGAGAUGGAGGUGGUGGUAAUAGAAGUGGUAGUUAUAGUGGAGGUGAAGGAAGUUGUGAUGGUGGAGGCAGAGGCGGAAGUGAGGUGGUGGCGGAGGAGGUGA